AUGGAUCACGUCCAUGGUAUUUUGACAGCACUUCCUGUCACUAAGCCUUCUACAAAUUCCGCUGCCAAGGCAUAUGACAUCUCCAUUAGGCAACAUGUAGCCACACUGACCAAUGUUUUUGCCGAAAUACGACGUGCUGUCUUGAGCAACCCAGAACAUUUGCUUGAAACUCUUGACCCCGCGGUACACUCGAUCGGCUACCUCGUCGUUCUGGAUAUCCUUCUCCAGCUAGCCGAUCCCGCGACACCGAUUUCACAAGCAACUCUGCUUGACAAGGUAGUAGAGUUUGUUCUGCAUUUUGAUGCCAUACAAAUUCGGUACUAUGGGCACUCUAUGCUUUCACUUCUUGAGAAAAUAGGGAGCGGCAGGCUCUUCCCGCCCGCUACAGCUGUGGCAUUGCUAUCGAGUGCCGUGCUGCGCAUCGACCCGAGCGGAACCUUCUUUACCUCCACGCAUCUCCUCUUGGCCAAGCUCGCAUACAGUUCAAAUGUCGUUGACGCCGCUUUGGAAGUCUUUGAUCGUGACAUCCUCUUCUAUCCUGAUAUGAGCCACUCCAAAGACGGUAGACUAUUGUGUGAGCCGAAUUUAGCGCCGGAAUCGUACAUUUCAACGCAAACAGGAUUGACAAACAAUGUCAAGCAAUCGGCCGUCUUGGAAUACGACUACAUUCGCGGACUUGCCUACAUGUCUAUGGGGCUGUGGUCCAAAGCCGAAAUAGUGUUGGAACAGGUGAUAUCCCAUCCGUCCAGGAUAGGAGGUGUGAGCAAAAUUAUGGUAGAAAGUCACAAGCGAUGGAUCUUGGUAGGACUUUUAAGCCAGGGCAAAAUUCCGACAGUCCCCAGCUACACAUCAGCAUCCGCCAUCUCGUCUUAUAAGAUUACAGGAGGGUCAUAUGCUGCCAUAGCGGAAGCCUUCUGCAGCGGCGAUGCAGCGAAGCUCAAGUCCCUAAUUGAGGAAAAUGCGACACUCUGGGAAGAAGAUGGGACGAGCAAUCUCCUUACUGAGAUACUCUCGUCGUAUCAAAAGUGGCAGAUAAUUGGAUUACGCCAAGUAUAUCAACGAGUUGAAAUAUCGCAAGUCCGAGAGAUGACUCUCAAUGCAUUGACAGGAAGGCCGUUGGCCAAUGACGGAGAGGUCCUCUCGUUAGUCGGCGGUAUGAUUGAGUCAGGCAUGCUGAAUGGGCAAAUUGAACAGGACGGCAACGAAAACUACAUAUCAUUCCGAGAGAACAGGGAUGUACUGUCUGAAGCAGAGUUUGCUACACAAAUCGCAAAGAGCCACUCCGCUAUUGACUUGCUUGGCAGGCAAUACCAACUGAUGAAUGACCGACUGAGUGGAAGCAAGGAAUAUGUCAAGCAUCUUGUCAAGGACCAGAAGCGGGCAGAAAAGGAUAAUACAGAUGCCGGCAUUGGGUUUGAUUCUCAAAUAGAGGAUGAGGAUUUAAUGGCCGGCAUUGUGCCACAUGCUUGA